AUGAAAGGACAUACACGACAAGUUCGUGGAUAACUCCAACAUCGACAUCAUUAUGUGGAUUAAUGGCCAUCAAACCAAGGAAUAAAAUAUUUACUAUGUUACAAAGGAAAUAAGAAGUGGAGACUGUGACAACGUUCUAAGUAAACAAAAAUAAAUAUGAUGCAUUUUCCAAACAGGUGUCCAAACAUUUAAUGAAUUCUCCAGAAAAUUGACACUGAGAGUGAGUGAAUGGACUUAUACAAUUUUUCUAGAAAAUUUACCGAAAAUGUAAAUGUAUGCUUCUUUGAAUAUUUAGGACAACAUUACACGAUCUCAAAAUGAGUAACGGUACAACCAGUGUUUCAAACGGUGAUAAGUUAAGUCCGGAGUACAAGAAAAAGGCGAAAGGGCCCCUCAUUACCCCAGCGAUCAAGCCGUGUACUUAUCAGGGGACAAAAGGCAGUGUCGAGGUCCUAGAUAUAAAGGUACCCAUCAAAGGAAACGGCCAUACAAGUUGGACGGAGCCCCACUUCACUAGGGGCUAUACCCAAACGACGCGUGUCCAUUUCUUUAGCCCGGGACGAUGACGUCACGCGAAAGCCCGUGGGUGAUGACAAAGAUUGCCGUCGAGAGAUCACUUACAUCGGGCAUGGCUCAUUGGAUACGUCGCGAAAGGUUAAAGGUGAACAUGGCGGGUUCAUCGGCCGUAUGAGAAAUGAUUUAACGUAUAGAUCUAAGUUUUUACAAACUUUGUCUAUAUUCUGGGCAUUCUCGGUUCUGGGAUGGACUAUUGGUCAGUUUGGUCCGUCCUUCCUCGACCUGCAGGUCAUCACGGGGUCAAGUCUGAGAGAGGGGUCAGCCUUUAUGACCGCCCACUCCGUAGGGUACCUCCUAGGUUCAUUGACCAGCGGUCUAGUGUUUGACAGUCUGGACAAGGUAUUACUGGUGUUUUAUCCUGUCCUAGGGAACGCCGUCACCAUCGCCGUCAUCCCCUGGUGCUCUCCGUAUGGCCUCAUGGUAUUCUCACACUGGGUCAAAGGUCUCUUCAGUGGCGGACUGGAUGCUGUGUGUAAUGCCGAGACUGUGUAUAUAUGGGGAGACGAAGGGAGAUCGUUCAUGCAAGCUCUCCAUUUCUCGUUCGCAAUGGGAGGAAUCCUUGCACCCAUGGCAACGGCGCCAUUUUUGGUCGAUGAUCCUGAAAUACGAAAUCUUACGAUGAUGAAACAGUUGUUGAGAAAACCACGUAGUUUACUCGGGAAUGACACAGCUUUCUACGACACAGUCAGUUCCGCUUUAGGAUUUACUACAGAAAGUGUAAAUUCAACCUUAGAAAUCAUAACAUACAACGUCACUUCCUUUUUGAAUUCAUCUACUUCCGGUCUUUCAUUAUCGAUGAUGAAUGAACAGCUUAAUGCAACAUUGUCUCCACUAUUUGAAACCACGAUGAUGUCGUUAGGACAAAUUUCAACUAUCACAGCGCCAUCUAUAAUAAACUCUACGACGACCGUCGUUACAAGUACGUUCCCACCUCAGCUACCCGAUGAACCAUCUCAGCUUUGGAAAGCCUGUUCAAUAACAUCAGCAAUGGGGCUUACAGCGUGCAUUCCGUUUAUUAUCAUGCGUCUAAAGAGCAAAACUAAAAAUGGCAAGUGGCCGGAAGACGAGGAAAAGUUACUGCGCAUUCUGCCACUGUCCACAAAAGCUCUGAUUUUGUUCAAUAUGAGUAUGUUACUUGGAACCUACAGUGCUAUCGAGGAUACAUUUGCAGGAUUUCUGACAACGUUUUGUGUGAAGCAAAUGAAAUGGACGAAAGCGAUGGGGUCCUUUACAACCUCAGUAUAUUGGGCUUCCUUUGGGGGUGGCCGCUUUGUAGGAAUCUUUCUAGUAAAGAUGUGUGAUCCCGUGCGGAUAAUAACAUUGUAUUCCACACUGCUUGUUCUGUCGUUCGUAGGGCUGUACUGCACUUCCACGGGCCAGUUUGAUGGCGGAGUGUGGGUAUGUGCUUUCCUGGGCGGAUUUGCCCUAUCCGUGAUAUUCCCGACUAUCUUUACGUGGACGGAAGCGGAGCUUCUCCCUGUAACCGGGAAAAUCGCCUCCAUUUUCUUGAUUGCGUCAUCAAGUGGAACGAUGGUGAAUCCGAUCGUUCUUGGCUAUCUGAUGGACUCAUUGACCCCUAUGUGGUUCUGCUAUUUACUUCUAGGGGAAAGCAUCGCCAUGUAUAUUUUAUUUCUGUCCGCCUUAAACAUAGCGAGAGUUGUCAGAAACAGGCAACGUUUGAGUGAGUUGGCGGCCGAGUACGGCAUCGCAGAAGACGACGAUGAUAAUGAUAUUUCAAACGAAGACGACAUCGACGAAAAGGAUGACGGUCGAGAAAUUGCAACCAAAGAGGAGAAAGAAAAACUAUUAGCGGAACAAAGACGGCAAGAAUUUGAGGAAAUGAUGAGUUCGAGAUCCAUGUGCAUAGACAUAAAUGACAUUGAUCAUAGUGACAAACUGAUUUUUAUUGACAGUUUAAAGAAAUGAUUUAAUGAACAAUAUGAUGUAAGGAUACUUAGAUGAUUUACAAUGUAGACUAAAUAGAACGCCCUCAAAGUGUGAAAGUGUAGUAUAAUUGUAUAUACAGGUGCCUUAGCUUCAAACUAUUCAUAUUCCAAAUCGUGCAAUUUCGCGGAUUUUACAAGAAAUUGCUCUUAUGUCAUUCCCAGUUUUAGCAUUGCUUUAAUUUCAUUUCAAAGACUUCCAGAACAAAAAACAAAAACAAAACAAAAAACGAAAAACAAAA